CCAUGACUGCCAAAAUGGAUCAUACUACUCCUUCUAAGAUUACUAAAAACGUUGAGAAUACUCCUACGACCAUCAUUGUCCCAGCACUCAACUGUUCCAUGGGCAACUUGUCACGACGUUGUCUUGCCAAUUCUUACUCAACUAAAACUUUCGUGCGGGAUAAAAACAUUUCAUCGACACUACUUGCGUCUUGUCCCGAUUACUUCCGUUGGAUUCAUGAAGAUCUAUGGCCCUGGAGGAGAACAGGUAUCACUAGAGAAAUGGUGAUGCGUGCCAAUCGAACAGCCAAUUUCCGGCUGGUGAUAUUGGAUGGGAAAGCUUAUGCGCAAACGUACUCAAAAGGGUUCCAGAGUCGGGACACGUUUACGCUGUGGGGGAUCCUGCAGUUGUUGAGGAGGUACCCUGGCAAAGUGCCUGAUUUGGACUUGAUGUUCGACUGUGAUGACUUGCCAGUCAUUAGAAAAGAAAAUUUCAAAGGUGUGAAGCACUCGGCACCUCCAACGUUGUUUGGAUAUUGCAAGGAUGAUUCGACGCUCAAUAUUGUGUUUCCAGAUUGGUCAUUUUGGGGUUGGCCUGAGAUCAACAUAAAACCAUGGGAGGCAUUGUCGAAAGACCUCAAAGCAGGGAAUAAGAGGAGUAGUUGGACGGAGAGGGAGCCAAAUGCCUAUUGGAAGGGCAAUCCAUACGUUGCUGCCACUAGGAUAGAUUUACUCGACUGUAACGUUUCGGAUAAAUUGGACUGGGGUGCUCGUAUCUAUGCUCAGGACUGGCAAAAAGAAGAGAAAGAGGGUUUCAAGCAAUCAGACUUAGCAAGCCAAUGCACUCACAGAGAUUUGAUGCCGUUGCAACAUUACUGGCCAAUUAAGGAUGAUGACAAGUGCAGAUCCAUCAAACAUGCAGUCGACUGGGGUAAUAGUCAUCGUGAAGAGGCUCAGGCCAUUGGCAAGACAGCAAGCAGCUUUGUUCUAAAUGAGCUGAAGAUGGAUUAUGUUUACGACUACAUGUUUCAUCUGUUGAGUGAGUAUUCCAAGCUCUUAAAGUACAAGCCCACCGUGCCUGACAAAGCAGUCGAGCUUUGCUCAGAGGCGAUGGCUUGCCGUGCGCAAGGAUUGGAGAAGAAAUUCAUGACUGAUACUCUAGUUAAAGGUCCUAGUUUUUCAAGCCCAUGCACCAUGCCUCCACCUUAUGGCCCUGCAUCUUUUCAUUCGGUUAUUGAAAAGAAACGUAACGGUAUAAAGCAAGCAGAGAAAUGGGAAAAUGAAUCUUGGCAGAAUCAGAACAAGCAAGUAUAGGAACCUUAAUAUUUUUUCUUCAUUGUUUCUUACA